AUGCCCGGCCGCGACAACAAGGCCAACAGCAGUAGAGCGGUGCCGGCAUCGCCGAGAGGACCGCCAUCUCCCCAAGCCCCGCUGCGGCUAGGGCAUUCAUUUUCAAAGAUCCAUGCCGCCUGCAAGGGCAUCCGUGACUGCCCUGUGCCCAUCCUCUGGCGCAUCAACGGGCUUGCGUUGGGCGCAGGCUUAGAGAUCGUUGCAUCGAGUGACAUGCGCGUGGCGAGUAGUAAUGCACGGCUGGGCAUGUCUGAAACUCGUAUGGGAGUGUCGAGUGUCGUGAAAACUGUGUUGCUUCCUGGGUUGAUCGGCUGGGGUCGGACGAGGAGAAUGCUAUUGCCUGGGGAGAUGAUAGCUAUUGAGGCGGGAAUUGAUCAUUUUGGCUGUGCCUUCGAGCAGGAUGGGAAGGGCGUUGGUGGGGUUGAGGGCUCGGAAACAGAGCCGGGGCGGAUGAUGGUCAAUCCGUCAUGGUUCGAGGACUAUGCCGCCAAUACACCUAAAAAGGCCUGGUGA